UCCCCUGGACUCGUGAGUAGCUGGGUUCUUAGCGAAAGCUUCAUGUUGCAAGCUUCUUCGUGGGUUUCUUCCUCGCGAACCUUUGGCACCAUGGCUGCUGCUGUCGUGACCUUUGCCCUGUUGGUGAUCGCGGGUUGCAGCGGCGUGCACGCGGCAGCACAGCCACACAUUCUUUUCAUCGCUUCAGAUGAUAUGGGCUGGAAUGAUGUUGGAUUUCACGGUAACGAAGCCAUCAAGACACCAAACCUGGACGCACUGGCUCAUGAAGGUGUCAUUCUCAACCACACCUAUGUUCAGCCGGUCUGCUCACCAACAAGAAGUUGUUUCAUGAGCGGCCGCUUUCCCUUCCACACCGGACUGCAGCAUGCCGUCAUCAAGCCGGAACGGGCGUACGGCCUCAAUCUCACCAUCACUACCACUGCUCAACAUCUGAAAGAGCUCGGCUACUCCACUCACAUCAUUGGAAAGUGGCACCUUGGAUUCUGCAACAAAGAAUACACACCGACCCAGCGCGGCUUUGACUCGUUCUUUGGCUACUACCUAGGAGCCGAAGAUUACUAUACACAUCAGCGUAGUGGAAGUGUGCCAAAAAGCGGACACGACGAACUUGGUAAAGGCGAUAGGAACAUCAUAGGCCUGGAUCUCCACCGGGAUACUGUUGAUACAUACAACAAUGCCUUGGAUGAAAAUGGAACCUACUCUACGUAUGCAUUUGCUAAGGAAGCAGUCAACAUCGUGAAGAAUCACAAAGCCCAGGAUGGACCUCUCUAUCUCUAUCUCCCAUUCCAAGCAAAUCACGGUCCAUUGGAGGCACCAGAUCGUUUCGUACACAUGUAUGACAACAUCAAGAAUUCCAGUCGCCGUGUACUCUCAGCAAUGGUGACAGCUAUGGAUGAAGCUAUUGGCAAUAUCACACAGGCCUAUAAAGAUCAAGGACUCUGGGAGAACACGAUGCUGAUUUUCACUACAGAUAACGGAGGACCUGUCACGGUCGGUGCCAACAACUGGCCGUUGCGUGGCAGCAAGGCCACGGUGUGGGAGGGUGGCACGCGUGGCUCGGCGUUCAUUCACGGAUUUAUGCUGAACAAGACUGGGUACACCUACAAUGGGAUGACUCAUGCAGUUGACUGGUACCCGACCGUUGUGUCAAUUGCUGGUGGCAAGGUUGACACCAGCGACAUUGACGGUUUGGACGUGUGGCCAGCAUUGCAGAACAACUUGACGUCACCCAGAACUGGUUUUGUGUACAACAUCGACGAGACAGGGAAUGUGUCGGCUAUCAGAGUUGGGAAAUACAAGUACCUCAAGGGUCAUCCUGGCGGGAGAAACAGCUGGUACCCGGUACCAACGGACCAAUCCCCUCUGGAGGAUUACCUAUUGGUGACUGAAAAACAAGCACCGCCGGAGACUGGACCCUGGCUCUUUGACUUGGAUGUUGACCCGUUAGAGAAGAACAAUCUCUACUCCACUAUGCCAGACCAGGUGAAGGUGAUGGAGGCUCAGCUAGCGGAGUACAUGGCAGGGUACGUGGAUGACCUGUUCAGCAAGCACCUGCCAGAUCCCAAGUGCGACCCAGCACUGUACAACGGAGCGUGGACUACGGGCUGGUGCUGAUGGACAGCAGUGGACUAUGGGCUGGUGCUGAUGGACUACGGGCUGGUGCUGAUGGACUACGGGCUGGUGCUGAUGGACUACGGGCUGGUGCUGAUGGACAGCGGAUGUCGUCAUAUCAACGAAUCAUUGCACUGUAAUAAUACUAUUAUUUUUGGUGUGCUAGUCAUCAUCGGUAUUUUGCAAACCUUCAAAACAUUUGCUAGAGGCCCACACAUGCCUCAGCGCGUCACAGCAAGGUACAACAGUACUACAUUUUCCUGAUUUCUAUGACAAUUUCGGAAAAUAUCUCCAUUGCACACCGUACAUAACACUAUUAACAGGCUCUCAGCUGCAUCGAAUAGAUUUCCUAAUGCCAAUAUUUCGCCCAUUGGGCAUCAUCAGGGCAUCCAAUGCUGCAAUGGAAUCUGAGAGUUUUACGGAAACGUUUCUAUGAUAAUUGCUAUAGAAAAAUUUAACUGAGGAUUUCAAAGUGUUGCACCCAAAGCUUUUUUUUCUCCUUCACGCUGAACCCACCCACAGUGCAAGGAGGGUAUGAAUUAUGGGUGCAGAGCCAUUAUGGGCGCAGAGCCAUAAUGGCUGUUAUAUUAUAUUAUUUGUUAGGAA